UUCUGGUAAUCUUCAUCGGUGCGGUGCUAUGUCUAGCAUACACAGCCAUGGUACCAAUUCUAGAAUUAACAGUAUUUCUUCGAAAGAUAUCUCACGAGAUGAAAAGCCUGGAAAACAGACAACAUCAUCUCCAAGAUGGCGACCCAAGCACUGAUUCUGCUAGGGCAAUCUUUCCUGUAAAACCACGAGGGGGUCAUCAAAACAAAAUGAUCAAGAAGCUCAUUUUCACAGAUAAACCGACGGAAGAUAAGAAGAAAGCCUUGUUCAGCAACAAUUUUGAUCCCGUAAAAGACGCUUUCAUGGAGAUACUCAAGAGGAACAGGGACAACCGAACCUCUCACGAGCCAGCCAAAGGCGGUGAAAAGAAAGAGCCACCUCAUCCUGAUUUUGCCCAAAUGUUGGAGUUGAUGGACACUCCCACGAUAUCGCGUAAGUCAGAUCGCAUCAACGUCAAUGACUUCCUCAUGAAUGCUUUCGUGAAAGACAAAUCGCCCUUGAAGAUACUGCCGAUGCUAAUGCCACUAUUGAAAAAUCUUUCCUGAAACUAAUGUCAUGAAUGUGUUUCAGCUGAUUCCUCAAUGUACGUGCCAUAAUCUUUUUUCCUUGAUUACUUAUGCGCAGGUGUCAUCAUUUUCCUAAACGUGUUUUUAAAUAAAAUAUUAAAAAAGUAAGUGUGAGAACAUAAAAAGGGACUCAAAGGCCACUCAAUAAUUGAUAUGUUUCGUAAAAAAAAAAACCAGCGGACUUUCACUUCCAGACUGACUGCUAUAAACUUCUUUUCCUCGUGUACUUUUGCUUUCUUCCUUUUUUUUCUUCUAACACAUUAUGGGAUAAAUGUAAAUUUUGAUUUGAUUUGAAUUUAUUUUUCUUCUACAUAACAAUAUAAUAUAACAUAAAAAAAUGUAACAAACAUAUAUUGACAAUAAAUCAGGUAUAAAUCAUUUAGCAUAAAAUUAAUAGCAGAAGAUGGAUUGCCAUAGUAAGCAAAAAAAUGCUUGAAAAAUAUGACAAACCGAAACAUAUUUUAACCAUUUAAUCAUAUUAUGAGCAGAAUGGACAAUAACAAAUUAUUAAAGUAUCAAUUAAGUAUAAUAUAAAAAAGAGAAGAACAAAAUCUAAC